AUGGCGCGAUUAUUCUUGCUGAGAAUCUUUUUGGGAUUACUCCUCGUGUUAUUUGCCAAAACAGCGGAUCAUUACGAGAGAAAGAAGCGACAUCCUCGCGCCACAUCUCUCACUGACAGUGAAUUGAGAAACAAACUCGAUUCUAUCAUCUCAAUGGUGGGUGAGCUGAAUGACAAAAUCGACGAGCAAGAACAGAGAAUAGCUGUGUUGAGCAGGAAAGUUAGUGACAUAGAAUGCAAUGGAGAACCACAGAAAGGUAUGUUUAUCGCAAACAUAAAGAGGAUUACUUGUAUCUAAACAAAAGUGCAGUGUGAGAGGUAUGCUUGCCCCGAACAGAUUACGCUUUUUUUAAAGUCAUUCUUUUCAUUUUUCUUCUGCCAAACAUUUGGUCCAAAAAAAAAAAAAAACGAAAGGAGCGAUUUUCACAAUGUUUUCAGUCCUUAUCAGUUUCAAUAACAUCAUGUUGUUUCUACCUGAUUUAUUUAUCCACAACAUCGAUUUACCAAAUCACAAUCGUAGCUUUAAGGAUCUAAAAUCAAGUCACUGAGUCACGAAAGACACUCGACCAAUCAUUUCAGUGAGCACGUACAUAUAUAACAUAACCAAUAUUAAUUGCGACUUAUUACAAUCAUCACUUUAAGAUUAACCUCUUAAAGCUCAUUAAGGAAAGCUUAUUAAUACCUGCGGACACUUGAGCCAAUAUAAAUAAAAAACACUUCUCGUCGUUUGCAAGGCAGCCUGAUUGUUCUAGAUAAGCUGAACUGCUGAGGGCCACCCCUGGAGGGUCACUUGGGUCGGGAGGGGGAGGGGGGGAGGGGUACCCAACAAAUGUUUAUACAGGGAGGCUUCGCCCAGGGAUCUAACCCCUUACCCUUUUAUAUACCACUUUUCACGAAAUAGGUACCCCUGUAUACCUUCUUUUGACAAAUGGUAUCCCGUUCACAUAUCAUGUCUAGAACUUUGCAUCCCUUUUAACUGCUGUAAAUGCACUGUCUUUUAAAUAAGAAUUAAUCACAAAAAUAGAGCGCUUUCUCGACCUUAUAAGCAACAAAAUUCAUCUGUUAGCCCUUUUGGGCCCUUUUACAGACAAAAAUGACAGAUUUCCCUACCCUUCUACAUAAUUCAUAUAUCCCAUGGUGCAGUUCAACACAAUACUGAACCAGUCUCGAUCGCAACCUAAAACUGCCCGAUACGAACGAUAAACCGCUCAGUAUGCAUGCAGACGCUCAGUGAGCUUUAGCAACGGCGACAGCAGCAAAAACGUCACUAAAAAGACUUCGCUUUUUCUCAAAUUUUGUUGCGGUUAUUCCAAGUCUCGUAAAAUCUCAAAUGUAGGUGAAUUUCCUUAGGAUUGAAUUCUUUUGGACCGCACCCAAGUUUAGAGAGAGAAAGAGAAACUUGUCAUCUUGUGUUUAGGUCCUCCAUAAAAAGUUGCUUGAGGGAACUUCAUGUCGUAGUGGUGCAGUGAAGGCAAGGAAACGAACAAAAAAAGUGUGCUGCGCGGCGUGCAGAGUUGUAGUUUUGCCGAUCAAACCUAUUACUUUUUGACCUUCUCGUUGCUGUCUUUGUCGCAAUUGCUAAAGUUCCCUAUUAUUUGCACAGGAGCACUGGUUGCGGCCAUUUCCCUGUCUUUCUGAACCGACUACACCCUAUAUGAUAUCUACAUUUCAAUGCAAGCACGAAGAUUAUAUUAUUUCAAACUAUUUAGUUUUCCUUAAAAUUGAAAGUUGGCCAUGAAAUAAUUGCCAUAGCCAUUAAUUUAAGCCUUUAUUAUUUUUCUUUACUUUAUAGUUCCUGGCGAUUGUGCUGACGUUUACAAGUCUGGUCGUCAUAGAAACGGUAUUUACACCAUCGAUCCAGACGGCGAGGGAGCAGUUGAAGUGUACUGUGAUCAGGUCGGUCAAAGAAGAGCACUUUUGUCCAGGAGAUCGUCGCCAUUGGUCAAUGCAUAGUCCUUUUAAUGUCAAAUUAAUUGAAUUGUUUUUGUCUCCUCCUGCCUUAACAGACCACAGACGGUGGGGGCUGGACCGUUUUCCAGAGGAGGCUGGACGGUUCGGUUGAUUUUUACCGUGAGUGGCAAGACUACAAAGAAGGGUUUGGUACGGCUGGAGGUGAAUAUUGGCUGGGACUGGACAACAUUCACCGUCUGACCAAUCAGGGACGGAUGGUGCUGCGAGUCGACUUGAGCGGCAAGAUGCUACAAUCUGCGCAUGCUCUCUACAUGGACUUUGUGGUCUCUAACGAAAAGCGCAAUUACACUUUAGGAUUAGGCUCUUAUACAGGUGAGUUAUUCAUUACUCGGUAAAUUGGCCAUUUGCACGAUGGCGUCAUUUUACUUCAACAACAACUGCUACUAUAUAGCUACUUAACUACUACUACUACUACUACUACUACCACCACCACCACCACCACCACCAGAAUCAUUCGAGGUAUUGCUUUCUUGGGCAAAUUAGGGCUAUUGUUAUUUAAUUAAACCUCAAUGGGAUUACCAAAUUAAAAUAUGAGAGAAGAAACGAAAUUAAGUAAAAAGACGUCAUUGUGCAAAUGCCGUAUGUCAUACCUAAUGUAUUUCCUAUAUUUAGCAGCCAGUAUCAAAUGAGCGUCUAGCCGCCUAGUUUGAGUUCUAACCGCUAUUAAAUAGCGGUUGUCAGUUAACAUAUUCCCCCUGCUAAAUAAGAAUUUCAGCUUGUUGGAAAUGUAGAUACCACAGCACUAUUCACUUACUUCAGAUUGUUUAAUUAAAAGUCAUAGUAAAAAAAGUCACACCCAUGACGCAUCCCGAACGCUGCUCUAGUCUUAAGUGAAGUGAAGAAUCUAUAUUGAAUAGAUAUAUUGUUGAAAAAUCUUAAGUUAAGAAUUAUUUCUUGAUUGACGUCAUUGUUACUUGAAUAUCUCCAAAUAGCUAAAUGAUCGAUAAGAUCAAAAAGUGUCACCCACUUACGGGACUUCCAACAAGUUUCAACACUUGGGUGUCAAGGCGUAAGCCCUCCCCUAAGGGAAGGAGGUGGCGGGGAGGGGGGAUAAAAACGCGAUGAACUAGUUAAAAUAAGUUGGUCGGAAACUGGUCGAGUGGGGAUAUUGAGACGGUAUUUAGGCCUCAGCCUGUGAUAAGCCUCCCUUCUAAUAACCCAAGUCAAGAUUAACUGCUGUACUGUACAGUGGAACCUCGAUAUAACUAAUGGCCAAUUACGAGGACUGACAAAAUUUGUUUGCUAUAAGGAGCUUUCGUUAUAGGAGGUUCUUUAAUUUAUAUUUUUUACUAUUACCAGUGUAAAAAUACGGGAACAAAUUUACACUGUGAGAAUUUCCCUUCACUAGGAACCGCAGGAGAUUCCCUAACCUGGCACAGUGGAAUGCAGUUCACGACACGUGACCGGGAUCAUGACAAAUCCACUGACGGAAAUUGCGCACAGUUCUAUAAAGGAGCUUGGUGGUAUAAUGCGUGCUUUUCUUCAAAUCUGAAUGGUGUAUAUUAUCACAGACAGCAGACAACCUAUGCUGACGGCGUGAACUGGAAGACCUGGGGAGGGCUUUAUUACUCCGCGUCACGAGCUGAAAUGAAGUUACGACCAACGGGUUUCAAAGGAAGGCAUUAACCUAAAUAUCACUCAAAUUGGGAUGGACAUAACCUUUUGAGAUAUGAUUUCUUUUUCUGUCAUGUUGUAAUUCUUCCUCUCUGAAAUUAAGUAUCAUUCCAAGGUUUUCUGUGAGCAUUUAUUGUGGUCUGCAAAAGACGUGUUUAUUUCAGCAGUAAAAUUUCAUAAAGACGUUUUUGAGCGACGUACGUCAACCGGAAGUAAGGACUUUUCUCUUUAAAUAUGCCUCGAUGUUACCAAAUUUGUAUUGCCGAGUGUCUUCACUCCUAUAGUAGAGACAGUUUGGCCAAAAAACACUUCUCAAGAAUGCAAAAAGUCCACUUCUGGUCGUCGUGCGUCACUCAAAAAAGCCUAAUUGCUUGAGCUCCCUCAUGUGAAUGUUGAGAAUUGGUUUACAGUUCACAGCAAGUGACGUAGUCUUCUGAAAGUAUGUAAGAAAAACAUGACCGCUAGAAAGAUAAAUACGCAAAAAAAUUGUCAAAUAAACACAGUUCAAUAGUGAUGAAUAGUGAUGAAUCAGAAAGUGGGCAUUAAGUUUAAGACUUGCGUCCAUGAAUGAUACCCCACCCCAACUCCUCAGGUUGUAAAUCGAGGACAGAGAAGACUUAUAAAAGGUUAAGCCUUUUCGGAAAUUUCAAAGACUCAUGCCCACUUAAGUCUCAUUUUCUGCAAAGCCUAUGUCUCUCGGGAAAGAAUGUUUACGAAUUGCGUUUAUUGCUUGAACUAAGUGAUAGAAGUCACGUUGCAAUAAAAGUUGUAAUGUCACGAGAAAAA